AUGGACAGGUCAAUGGAAACCAGUUUUUUCGUCUACAGAGCUUAUGUGGAGCGAAGCUUCGACCAAAUCAAUAUACGUGUCUUAACAAUAAACCACUGCUUGGACUUGAAGUCAAUCUACGAAGGAUCGAUAGACGGUCAGCGAAUCUCGCUAAAACCUCAACCUGUUGAAGACUCCUGUCCUUGGCAGUGGGCUCCUGGUUGUCUGUACAAUUCCUAUGUGCUUGAUGGACAGGCAAACAUUGUCAAAUACAAUAGCCCCUACAUAACAUUAUAUAGAGGUAAGAAAAAGAUUACGAUACCUUUGCAACGUGUACCGUACAGGACUAAGGGAGCAAUGGCUAUUUGUGUUCCGCCACUUUACUGGUACACAAACUGGGCAAAAAUGAUAUUUGCUCUUGAAAUGUGGAAAGCACAGGGCGUAGUUCAUGUUAUCAUCUAUCACCACUCGUCUACGAAACAUGUGUACAAGGUGCUCAGUCAAUACCAAAAAGAGGGCUUUGUCACAAUUGUUCCUUGGCCCUCGCUGCCGCAAACUCCAUUUGAAGACCCCAAUCAAUCCCUCUACCGCCUAGCUCACUCGCUUGCUCAUAACGACUGUGUUUUGCGAUUGAACACUGAGUUUGGAGCGCUCAUUGAUGUGGACGAAGUCAUUAUGCCCAGGAACCACACACUUAUGUCUUUUGUGGUCGAAAACUUUGCGAACUCGUCCGUCGGUGCCCUUCUGUUCAAGCACCAUACUUUGGCUCUAAACCCUAACUAUGCUGGACAAAAUUUCUCGUAUGAUACGCUUAACUUUUCCGGGAUUUGGGACGCAACCGAACUUGAAUACGAGGGACCGCCAAAGGUUUUCAUCAAAGACGUUAAUUUUAUGUAA